CUGAAUUUAGAACAAAUCUUUAUUCCAAUUUAAUUUAUCUUCUUUCAAUGAUCACGAUGGAAUACAUACUCCAGGAUAAAAAACCAAUUCAAAAUACCAUAUUAUGUUGUGAAUGUGGAACUUCUAUCGAACCUAAUCCUGCAAAUAUGUGUGUUGCAUGUAUUAGAACUAAGGUAGAUAUAACUGAAGGAAUUAUCAAACAAGGAAAUCUUCAGUGGUGUAAAGGAUGUCUUAGAUAUCUGAAUCACAACAAUCAAUAUAUUAUAUGUCAACCAGAAUCAAAGGAACUUCUUUCUAUAUGUUUAAAAAAAUUGAAGGGGCUUAAUCAUGUUAGAUUAAUAGAUGCUGUGUUUAUAUGGACAGAACCUCAUUCAAAAAGAAUUAAAAUAAAGCUUACCAUCCAAAAAGAGGUAAAUGGUGGUGCAAUAUUGCAGCAAUCCCUACCAAUUGAAUUCAUUGUAAUGAAUCAAAUGUGCGAUGAUUGCCAUAAAAGGGAAGCGAAAGAUUUUUGGAAAGCUGUCGUACAAAUUAGGCAAAAGGCUGACAACAAAAAGACAUUUUACUAUCUGGAGCAAUUGUUGCUGAAGCACAACGUCACCUCCCACAUCCUCAACAUCAAGCAAGAACACGGUGGACUAGAUUUUUAUUUUUCGACGAAAGAUGACGCCAAAAAAUUUGCAGCCUUCAUCGAGAACGUCAUUCCCUGCAGGCAAAAAUAUUCUCAGCGUCUCAUCUCGCACGACAUCCACAGCAACAUAUUCAAUUACAAAUCCACUUUCAGCCUAGAACUGAUACCCGUUAGCAAGGACAGUUUGGUGUGCUUCAGCGGCAAGCUAGCGUCCAGCUUGGGAUUACCCAACAGAAAUCGAAUAGCUAUAUGUUGCAAGCUAACCAAAAGCGCCCACUUCGUGGAUCCCUUAUCCGGUCAAACUUUCGAAAUCAACGCCACUCAAUAUUCCAAUAUGGGCGAGAGUAUCUUAGGUUUCGAGGUUUUAUGUUCGGCCAAUAAACUGGGAAGGUUCGUUGUCAUGGAGAUCGAGGAAGAUUUUUCUAAGCGCGCCGCCAAUCAAAACGCGUCCCAAGUUGAGGACAAAUAUCAAUUUUCCAUGGCCGCUUGCUGGGUGACCAAGGACACUGACCAGGCAACUUUCGGCUCCGAGACAUAUUUCUGUAGGACGCAUCUGGGAAAUAUCCUCAAGCCCGGAGAUUUUGUAUUAGGGUUACAUUUACCUUCUUGCAAUCUCAACAACAAAUACCUGGAGGAAAUGAAGGAAUCCGAUGUUCCGGAAGUGCUUUUGGUCAAGAAGGUUUACCCCGACGAAGAUAAGAGCAAGAGGCUAAAACAUGCCAGGAAUAGUCGGAAAUCUAAACUAAAUUUGUCCGACCAGGACGCUUCCGUAGAUACCCAGACUUGUGUUGAAGAUAGCGAUUAUAACGAAGUAUUGGAGACCCUCGAAGAAAUUAAUCUGGAGGGACAUUCUCGGGGACCCGAAAAUAAGAGUUCCUUGACCAUGGACAUGGAUGACGCCGAAAAUUCUAGCCGACCAAAGUUGAGCUUGCAAAAAAUGCUAGAAGAUUUUCACAUGGAUUGAAAAAUUUUAAAUUAAAAAAAUUUAUUUUUCGUGUUUAUUAUUGAUAAUAUUAUUUUAUCAUGGCAACUUUCGCGACAAUGAAUGUUUUACGUUACGUAUUAUAAUAUAAACAUAACAUAUAUAUAUAUAUUAACUUUUAUGAGAAGAAG